GGCGGGCUCAGUCUGCUGCGUCGGCUCGGCCAGGCAGCAGCUCGAAGAAGGGGGUCAGCUAGCUCGCUUGCUCGCUCUCCGUCCCUCCGCCGGAGCUUUUCACGGGAGCCAUGGUCUCCCUCCUCUGCUGCGGGCCGAAGAUGGCCGCUUGCGGGAUCGUGCUCAGCGCCUGGGGAGUCAUCAUGCUGGUGCUGCUGGGCAUCUUCUUCAACGUCCACUCUGCGGUCCUCAUCGAGGACGUCCCCGCCAACGAAGAAGACUUCACAGGUGGUCCAGACAAGAUUUACGCCCUGUAUGAACAGGUCAGCUACAACUGCUUCAUCGCGGCCGGCCUGUACGUCCUGCUGGGGGGCUUCUCCUUCUGCCAAGUGCGCCUCAACAAACGGAAGGAGUACAUGGUCCGCUAAUGGCGCCCCCACACACCCAGCCCCCAGGCUCUUGCCUCCUGCCAAUGGGGACGGCCGACCCUCUCCUUCUGCGUCUGAUAUUUAUUCCCUCUUUGGACAUUGGGGCUCUGCUUUGGGGUUCCUCAGCCAUCGCUCUCCACACAAUGGAUCCUCUGGUCACCCCAAGUCCAGGGUCUGGCGGCUGGGGAAGGGGGCUGGUGGGCGGGGAGACAGGGGGGAAUAUUUCCUUUUAAAUCACAUAUAUAUAUCUGUGUGUGUUUGUGCGGGUAAAGGGCAGUUUCCCAACUUGGUCUGGAGCACCUAGUUUACGAAAGGGACAUAUCCAGGGCUGCUCUUGGCUGCUGCACCUUCUCCCCCCCCCCCCCCGGUGCAUCACCUGGCCCAGUUCUGCCUGCCAUCGCCCUCCCUGCGAUGGCCUCUCCUCGCCAUCAAAGACCAGCAAGGGCUGGUUUCGGCUGGCAGAACCUCGGUGCCAGGGUUGUUGUGUAAAUAGCACAAGGCACCCCCCCCGCAGUAUGUGUACAGUGAAAACAGCCCCCAUCUCUUCGUUUCCAAGUCUCUGCUGUCUCUUUGUGGGAUGACCGGGGAGGUUAGCAUAGCGCUCGAAAGAUCCGGCCCACUCCAGUCCCAGGCCUUUUUGUGUCUCGAUCCUAGAACUUGAGUGUUUCUUCCCCCGUGUUCGUUGUGCAGACGUUGACUCUCUUCUUGAGCUUUCUUGUUGUAGGACCAAGGGGCGGCCAGGCAACUUGCCCUAGUCUCUGCCCCCUGUUGCCAACAGCCCCCCCCCCAACUGGUGCCUGGGGUACAGCCUCAGUUGCCCCUUUCCCUUGACUCGGGGGGGGGGGGUUGGCCUGGAAGAGGCUGCUCAGACCCACAGAUUUGAGAGUUGGGUGUUUGUAUGCUAUAUGUUGAGGUGUCCCCCCGAGCAACUUCUUCGCCCCUCGAUCAGGAUGUGGUGGUGGGAGGGAGGGGCUCUGGGUUUGGGGGUGCAGUGGGGGGGUCUGGUUGUGCACCCAGGGGACUAACGUGUUGAAAGUUGCCCUCCCCUCUCUUCAUUUGAUCACCUGUGCAAUAAACAGCAUUUGAUCCGUGUGGGCUGCUUUGUUUUUCUGUUCCUCUUCCUCGGCGCCCCCCCUCCCAUUUUGGGGAGGGAGGGCAGGCAUUGGCCAAGACAGCUAGUCCUACCAUUCUCUGUACUUGGCUUUCAGGGAGAGAGGGAAGCCUGUGAUGCUAUAAAAAGCUGGAUCAGGCCAAUGGGGACCUAUUGACCUCACAGUGGCCAAAUACCCCAAAGAUCUUAGGAAUCGAGAUAGACUGGCUCUGGACCUGGAGGUUCCAUAAGGACACCAGAAGAUCCUGGCUCCCGGAUGAGGCUGAAGGGGGCCCAUCUGGUCCAGCAUCCUGUCCUCACAGUGGCCAACCAGGUGCCCCAGAGGGAAUAAGCCCAUGGGGAGGCAACUCACCCCACACCUUUCCCGGGAACUAAAGACUCAGAGGCAUUUACUGCCCCGAUAGUGGAGCCAGAACAUGGCUAUCGUGGCUGUUAGCCAUGUAUUGCCACCUUCUCCCUCAAUUUGUUUGAAGUUGCCGGUCGCUUCCAUGCAGAAGCAAGUUUGUGCUUUGUUGCGAAUCUAACGAAAUGCUGGGGCAGGAAAGGCUCACAGGAGGCUCCAGUUAAUAAGCUGAAUCUGUCAAAAAUACAAUAACCCAUCAAUCCCAAUUUAAACAUAAACAUUCACGGGGGGCUCUCUCUACGUCCAAGCAAGACAGGAGGAUGCUAAGACUCAAAUGCAGACGGGGCAGGAAGCUCUUUGGACCACUGAGUCAUUGGGGGGGGGAGUGUUUGUGCCCACCACACACCUCAAAGUCUCCAGUCUCCAUUGUUGCUGCCCACCUGCAAAUGUUGCUGCGAUAGAGGAGUGGGCCUUUGGGGUGGAAGCCCUGCCUUUUGGCACACUUGUGCAGCCUGUAUUUUCCCUUCCUAUCAUGAUAUAGGAUCGCUAAGUCAGUAGAGCAUGAGACUCAUUUGGAUAUAGACAUAAUUUUUUAUUGAAACUUUUCAACAUACGAUACAAUAAAAACAAAUCUAAUAUAAACAAAACAUAGAGGGGGAAAAAAAAGAGAAAGUGGGAAGAGAGAAGAAGAAGAAACUACAGAGGCCUUAACCCUCUAGAUCAGGCAUCUCCAAGCUGCUGCCCUCCAGAUGUUUUGGCCUACAACUCCCAUGAGCUAACAGGACCAGUGGUUGGGGAAGAUUGGAAUUGUAGUCCAAAACAUCUGGAGGGCCGAAGUUUGGGGAUGCCUGCUCUAGAUCUUCACCCCUCUCUCGCACAAAGGGGGCUGCACCCUCGCAGCUCUCACUGGGGAGCUCCCCCCCCCUUCUCCCAGCCUGGAAGAUGUUCCCUUCCCUGCCUCCUGCUGCGAAGGGUCCAUCAGCCACCCAUCGCCUUCCUCACCAGCCCAGCGUAGGGGACAUCAAAAGAAGAGACACAUAAAACACAAGACACUCGAUCUCAGGCUUGUAGGUUCCAACCCCGAGUGGGGCAAAAAAAAUUCCUUCAUUGCAGGGGGUUUGUCUAGAAGGCCCUUGGGGAUCCCUCCCAACUAUGCGCCUUUUCGCUUCUCGGGGAUGGACCUCGCAGGUAGACUGUUCUGGGCCUGGAGGUUCGGCAGAGCCAAGGCGACCCCACCCCAAUCUGAAGUCAUGUCUUGGGGCAGGGAGUUCCACACGCGGAGGGUGGAGAAAGAGAGUUAUAAUGACUUUUCUUAAGGUUCUAGUGGAGCGGGUGUCACGUGCCUCAAUGAACAUGGAGAGGCUGGGCAGCAGCGCCCAUAGAGCCUUGGGUCCUCCUCAGGCUAGAGGGGCCUGUUUUCCCCGUCCGAACGAUGCCGAUGUCCCGCCCCUUCCUCCGAGGCCUUGCUCCUCAUUGGCAGCGCCAGGAGGGGGAAAAAGGAGCUUCCGCGG